AUGGUCGAUGUGAACGACAAGUUAGCGUAUUUCCAAGCGAUCACAGGCCUCGAAGACUCCGAUUUGUGCGUGGAGAUCCUCACCGCCCAUGGCUGGGACCUCGAGCUCGCGAUCUCCUCCUUCACCACCACCUCGAACCAUACGCCUUCGCCGGAAGAUCCAUCUGCCGCCGGAACCUCCACAGUCUCCGAUGUCGGCGGUGGGGACGGUCUUCGCUCCAUUCGUCAACCGUCGCACCACUCUGGACAGUCAUCAAACGCCGUCGCGGCACCCGGUUUGGCUUGGAGGAUCAUAACUCUGCCGAUUUCGGUUAUUUCUGGUAGUCUAGGUUUGAUUUCUGGCGCGGUUGGGCUCGGGUUGUGGGCGGCGGGUGGAGUGCUAUCGUACUCGCUCGGAAUGAUUGGGGUCGGGGCUGGUCGGGACGGUGAGGCCUCGGCCCGAUUAGUGUCGGUGUCGGAGGUGGGAAAUGAAGCAGCGCAGUUUGUAGCGAGGUUCGAGCAGGAUUUUGGGACGAGGAGGCCGAAUUUCGUCAGCGAAGGGUUUAUGGACGCCCUGCAGAGGUCGAGGAACUCGUUCAAGCUGUUGUUCGUAUACUUGCACUCGCCGGACCAUCUUGAUACGCCGUCUUUUUGUGAGAGGACUUUGUGCUCCGAGAUGUUGGUGGAUUAUAUCAAUGAGAAUUUCGUGUCGUGGGGAGGGAGCAUUCGGGCUAGUGAAGGCUUCAAGAUGAGUAAUAGUUUGAAGGCCUCGAGAUAUCCCUUCUGUGCCGUCGUUAUGGCUGCUACGAACCAGAGGAUCGUGCUGCUUCAGCAGGUUGAGGGGCCAAAGUCUCCGGAAGAAAUGCUCUCAAUACUAAAUAGAGUGGUCGAAGAAAGUGCUUCUGUUCUUGGUACAGCAAGGCAUGAGGCAGAAGAAAGGAGAAUGAACAUUCGUUUAAGGGAGGAGCAAGAUGCUGCUUAUAGAGCAGCACUCGAAGCUGAUCAGGCGAGGGAAAACCAGAGGAGGGAAGAGCAAGAAUGUCUAGAAAGAGAAGCUGCUGAAGCUGAGCAGAAGCGCCAGGAGGAAGAGGAGGCUCGUGAAAGAGCAGCACAGGAAGCUGCGGAGAAAGAGGCUGCACUAGCUAGGAUGCGGCAGGAAAAAGCCUUGUCACUUGGUGCCGAACCUGAAAAAGGACCUGAUGUUACACAGGUUGUGGUUCGGUUCCCAACUGGACAACGCAAGGAAAGGAGAUUCCACAGCACUGCAUUAAUCCAAAAUCUCUAUGAUUUUGUUGAUUCUUUGGGUUGUCUAGACGCUGAGAACUACAGUUUGGUGUCGAACUUCCCUCGAGUCGUAUACGGACCAGAGAAGUUGUCUUUAUCCUUGAAAGAAGCAGGAUUGCAUCCACAGGCCAGUCUUUUUCUGGAGCUGAAUGCUUAGAGAACUUUAAUGCACGCAUCGUGGUUUGUUAUCAAAAUUCAGUAGAGAUGAUUCCUGCAAACUGCAACUAGGGUUUAAUUUAUUUUUGCACCUCUAUACAUAGCAACUAUGUCGAUUUAUUUAGAACGAUGUGACGAGUUAAAGGUAGAUGACGUUGAUGAUAUGUGGACGUGUAGUUUGUUUUCGUUGCAAAUUCUUUCAAACACGCGGCCCCUAAAAUGGAAGCGGAUUGAAAUAACGAUACUGACUAUAUAGACUUGAAAAUCUAAAUAAGCUCUUCCACUCGUUUC